ACGCGAUGCCCAGCGGCACCAUUUUGCGAGGCAGUAAAAUGCACCUUCUGUAGUGCCAACCUUUUCAACCCAGAAUGUUGGCCCGUCAGUGCGAUACUCGGAAUAAUGACCCUGCUCUAUUUCCUUAUUACGGGAUGUUACGUGUUCCUCUACGUGCCUCUGGUGGUCGGAAAGCCUAUUAGAAUACUGGGAAAAGUUUUGUGGUACCUGCUACGUUGUGGCCUUCGCAAUAUCAGGGGAGGUAAUACCCGACGAUUUCGCAGAAGAACUCUUGCUGAGAUUAUAGUCGUAGUGAUGAUGGUCUGCCAAGGUCAACAGGCAUGUCAGAUGGUCGACGUCUUCAACCACUAUUCCACCAUUUGCACUAGGUCAACGAAGGAGAUAACACAUGUAGACAGAAUGAGGAAAUAUUCAGCAAACACCACCCUAUGGCUCCAACCCAAUGUACCCCAGCAAUGGCACACUCUCAAGUUUACGCUGUCGUCGGUAGUUCUCCCACCGCUACCAAUUCUCAGUACUCAAUUCAUCACCAAUUCGGCACGUACUGCUAUAUGGAAAAGUGGUGCAAGAGCAGCACUUCAGUGCAUUGAUUACACCAAUGCCCAGAAUCUUACGUGUCCUGUCUUUGAGGACUGCGUAUGUAUGCCAGCAGAGACCAAGGCGAACUGCAUGUGCAGAGACUUUCCUAUUGGGUUAUGGUUCAAUACUUUGGAAAACCAACUACCAAAGACCUUAUCAAUGUUGACCUUCCGACAGGAGGAAAACAAGGUUUCAGCAAGAUUAUUCAGUAUGAUCAUGGCGGAAGUUAUCUUGAGUUUUCAAGAUGCAUUGGUAACCGAAAUUCUGGUGGAUGACGACCUUUGCAAGUGGUAUAAGACCCUGCUGAUAGCCAUAGCGGGACUACUAGUCCUACUGACACUCACGUACCUGACACUGUCUAACUGGGGAGCAAAGAUCGCUUUAUGGAUAUUGUUGCUACUCCCAAGAUCAUUGGCGGCUUUGGCAAAAGCGGGGAUACGCUGCAUUUUCUCUGCUAAACGGAACAAGCGGCACAGAAAACAACAUUAG